AUGAAAUGCAACAACAUCAUCCUCCCUUUUGCUUUGGUCUUUUUUUCGACCACUGUAACCGCCGGUGGCGGGUGGACUAACAAACAAUUUUACAACGACAAAGGCGAAAGAGAGGGCUCAAUUUCAAUUAGGAAGGGCUCGGAAGGCGAUUUUAACUAUGGCCCCAGUUAUCCUGGAGGGCCCGAUAGGAUGGUACGGGUUCAUGAAAACAACGGCAACAUCCGCGGGAUGCCCCCGGGAUAUUCUCUAGGCCCUGAUCAUCAGGAAGAUAAAAGCGAUCGUCAAUAUUAUAACAGGCACGGAUAUCAUGUUGGUGAUGGACCCGCCGAAUACGGAAAUCACGGAGGCGGGCAAUGGGGCGACGGAUAUUAUGGACCGCCAGGCGAGUUUACACAUGAGCACCGUGAACAGCGAGAAGAGGGCUGCAAUAUUAUGUAA